GUUCAUCCAACAAAAAUGCCUUAUCUAACGCCCAAUAAUAUACCAUUUCCAUGUAUUACUCAGUUCGCUUAGUUUUCUUUAAUUGAUUCUUCCAGUGUUUGAUGUCCGAUAUUACAUGAUUCACCUACACUAACUCCAAGCCAUCCAAAGUGUCUCAUCUAGCUACUGCAUUAAACUAUAAUUCUUCCAUCAAAGCCAUCAAUUACCCUUUAUAUAUUUCCCACACAUUCUCCACUUCCGUUCAUGUUUUUACAAGUUCAGGGCGUAUUUCAAAAGAAAUGUCUAUUGUUGCAGAAGCUCCUGGUUUUCUCCAAGUCUUCUCUGAUGGGUCUGUAAAACGCUUUGCGCCAGAAAUAAUGCCUGCUUCAGUGCAAUCAAUCAAUGGAUACAAGUUCAAGGAUGUUGUCAUUCACCCAUCAAAGCCUAUAACCGCAAGAUUAUUCCUUCCUGAAUCUCCUCCAAGUAGUCUCCUCCCAGUUCUGGUUUAUUUUCAUGGUGGUGGCUUUUGCAUUGGCUCAACCACCUGGCUUGGUUACCAUCACUUUCUUGGAGAUUUCUCAGUCACAUCCCAAUCCAUUAUCCUCUCUAUUGACUAUCGUUUAGCACCGGAGAAUCGCCUUCCAAUAGCUUAUGAUGAUUGUUACAGCUCACUUGAAUGGUUGUCACAUCAAGUGACUGUUGAACCUUGGCUCAGUCUGGCUGAUCUUUCUAGUGUUUAUCUCUCUGGAGACAGUGCUGGAGGCAACAUUACUCAUUGUGUUGCUAUCAAAGCAAUGAGGAACAGAGUUCCUCAUGUUACAAUCAAGGGAUUGCUGUUGAUACAUCCUUAUUUUGGAAGCGAAAAAAGGACUAAGAAAGAGAUGGAUGAAGGAGCAGCAGGGGAAGUAGAGAUGAAUGAUAUGUUUUGGGGACUGAGCAUACCAGAAGGGUCAAAUCGCGAUUAUUUUGGAUGCAACUUUGAGAUACAAAAUUUUUCUGCAGACGAAUGGAGAGAGUUUCCAGCAACAGUAGUGUAUGUGGCUGGCCUAGAUUUCUUGAAUGAAAGGGGAGUUAUGUAUGCAGAAUUUUUAGGUAAGCAAGGGGUGAAAGAAGUUGAAUUGGUGGAAGCUGAGGAAGAAUCUCAUGUGUUUCAUGUCUUUCAUCCUUUAAGUGAAGCAACUCGCUUGCUCCAACAGCAGAUGAGCAACUUCAUGAACAGCCAUUAGCAACUGCUGCUGAUUAAUAAUAAUAUCAUACAAAACUUUGAACUUUUAUUCUUGAUGAGAUUUGGUAGCUGUAUUAGAAAUGCACUGAAGUUUGAGCAAUUAUACUUGCAAGUUACAAUUA